AUGGAAGAGUCUAGCAACGGCCUUCGCAGGCGACACGUCGCGGCGAGCGAUGAACACGACGAAAUCGCGGGCAGACUGGCAAACAUGGACAUGAAAGAGACAGAAAUGCCUCAAUUGCAUGAUUCACGACGCGAAAACGCGAGUGACGACACGGUCUGGGGCAAAGUCGACGACGGAAAGCCCUUCAAGGUGCCUACAACACACGACGUCAUGACCUUGUUCAACCCGUACUAUCCGAAGUCUCAUUUCGAUGUCCUUUCCCUCUUUUUGCUGGGCUCUCAGCUCGUCAUCUGUGGCUGGUUCCUCCACCUACACAGACUAAACCCCCAAUGGGGUGCGCAAAAGGCGGCAAAGGGCUUCUUCCUCGUCUAUUUUAUGUUCUGGAGAGCCAUGUACGACGCAGGCCUGGGCUGGGUCUUGACAAAGCAGAGCAAGAAGAAGUGGAUCGUCAAUCUCGUCAAACGAGCGGGAUGGUUUGACAAGGAGAAGAAUCCUCACACCCGCGCAUGGUUGAAGCGGCAGCUAGUCGUCAAGAUGGGAAGCGACUACGACUUUGAGGAUCUUCCACUAGAGUACAAUACCUGGCUCCUCUUCCGCCAGGUUGUCGACAUCAUUCUCCUCAACGAUUUCCUCUCUUACGUCCUCUUUGCUAUCUGCAAUCUGGAUUUUCUCUUCCCUGGAGCAUCCAGAUCCCACUCGUCCACGAUCAACUCGCCUGGCAUGGUCUUCCUCCGUCUCCUUGGAGGCGUCGCAUUACUUUUAUUCAAUCUCUGGGUCAAGACUUCUGCCCACGAUGUCGUCAAGGACUAUGGCUGGUACUGGGGUGAUUGCUUCUUCUCCCGUGGACACCUUCGCAAAUCGACCAAAAUCCACGACGCUUCCGGACUAGACCUUCACGGAGAAGAGAAAGAGUCACAGGAACUCCACUUUGAUCUCGUCUUUGACGGAAUCUUUGAGAUGGCGCCGCACCCCAUGUACUCGGUUGGGUACGCAGGGUACUACGGCGUGUCCCUCCUUGCUGGGUCCUAUUCUGUACUCUUCGUCUCACUGGCUGCCCACGCUGCUCAGUUUGCGUUCUUAAACUUUUUCGAGAAUCCGCAUAUCGAGCGCCGCUACGGUGUGCGUAGGGCAUUAGCAGAGCGCGUGCCGAUCGUUCCAUCCACCCGAUCAAGAAAUCCGUCCAGCACGACCCUAAUGGACCACGCCAGAGUAGAAGGGAACGGCCAAGUCGACCACUCACUCCCACGUUCUCGGUCCGUGUCCUUAGGCACAGCGGAAGAUUCAACAGCAAUCGACUCGGAUGACAAUGAUGAGGACUUUCUCUCUGAACGAGAGGCACACGCUGCUAUAUCUCCUGAUGCGGAAAUUGUCGCCAGUAUUACGCCUCCAAAUGGAGUUGUCGAGGUCAUGCAAGAGGCAGUCACUCAGCAUGACCUGUUAAACAAGUUUUUCCGUAAAGACGUCAUUAUCCUCGGUGGUCUGGAUCUUCUCCGUUCGUCCGAUCAACUGCUCGUCUUCCUCACAACAUAUAUUCUUAUCCUAUCGAUAUUGCCUCGGCUCAAUCUCACGCAAAGUACCAUCACCAAGUUGCAUUUCUUGCAUGCAUUCGCGUGGCGAAUGUACUACUCUCUCAUACUCGGGCUCAUUCUCAAGGCACAGUCGGAAUCCAAAUUUCUCGUCCGACACUUUUUGAAGAACUAUCACUAUGCACCGCUCUCCUUGACAGACUCUCCUCGUGGGCGUGGUGACCGAGGUGUCAAGGAAGGUGCUGUUCGGGAAGCAUUUGAUAACUGGAAGGGAAUGUAUAAUAUGGGUAUGGUCAUGUGCUAUGUUUCCUUCAUUGGAUUCGCCUUGCAAACGUACACUUUGCCCACCGAAUGGACGGUGGGUGACGUCUUGCUUCGUCACACCGUCGGUGCUCUCUUGAUUGCACUCCAUAUGUGGGCGGCCAAGGAGACAUUCGAGGUUCUUGGCAAAUUUGGAUGGUUCUUUGGUGACUUUUUCAUCGACGAUUUCCCAACGUCGCUCAACUAUACUGGAAUCUAUCGGUUCCUCAAUAAUCCAGAGAGAACCUUGUCCGGUGCUGCUCUACUCGGUCUCGCUUUGAUCACAGGCAACAAGGCCGUAUUUGCCCUUGCGUUUAUUGGCCAUUUUGCGCACUGGGGCUUCCUGAGCUGGGUUGAAGGACCUCAUAUGCAAAAGCUUUACGGUGACUCUCUGCGCAAGGACGCGGGCCUUACCAAGAUGCUCAAGAAACUCGCAAGACGGAACGCACGAAUCUUCGAGGGUAUUCGCCAACAACUCACUCUCAUCCUCGAAGAAAGCAGUCUCACUAGCAAGCAUGCAGCAGAACUUCGUAAAGUCGCUCAAGGGGUCAAGGAGGUCGGCGACAAAAUUGGCGAGGUGUAUAGCGAGAGCACAGAAAAGGUCGAGGAAGUUUGGAAACGAUCUCGCCCACGUAUUUCCGAGGUCGUAGCAGAGACAAAGACUCUGAUCCAGCAGUCUAAAGAAAGAUUUGUCAUUCCGAUGCUCGCAAGGGACCUUGCGGACUACGAUCAGACCAAAUACAAGAUGUAUGUGAUCCCAACUAAUCCCGACGGGCAACUGCGCUUCCACUGGGGAGAGCCCAUUCAUGUGGUUUGGAGGAGCCCACUCAAACACUCGAGGCGAGACUGGGUCGGCAUCUAUCGAUACGGCGCUAAUCAGUCACAAGUAAUGACCAAGACGUCGAGUUUGGGACUAUGGGUACCCGUUCAUGACGAAGAAUGGGAGGGUGAUGUUCCACGACCGCUUACAGAUCGAAGCGAAGGCGAGGAUACCGAAUGUGGAGAGCUAGUUUUCAAAAACUCGACGCUUCCAUGGCAAACCGGAGAGUAUGAACUUCGAUAUCACCACGACGGCAAGUACAAUGUCGUCGCCCUCAUUGGUCCUAUCCAGGUUUACCUCGACCGACCAGAGGCAUUGGAUUUCCGAUCCAUCCGCAAUUGGCUCCUGAAGAUUGUCCACUUGGCGCUAGAUUCUGAUCCAUCGCUCGUCCCCCGGUCUCAAACCGCUGCGCCAAACCAGAGCCCAGUACAGCAUCGUCUUCCGGCCUUGCUCGGACGUACUCUCAAUGCCUCCUCGACAUCGGUUGCAACUGCCACUCCAGCAGAGGCCUCUCUUGCAGGUAGCUCGCUCGGCAGCUCAGCAGGCACGCCCGGUGCAUCUUACGACAUUCACGACGACGAUUUCAAAUUUUGGUCAGAAAGGCAAGCGAAGAGGAUUGCGUAUGCAAUCACUCAGGUGCUCGAUAUCGAGUUUGCGCCAGAGGUCAUCGUUGCAGACGCGAACGUGACCGCACUUACGAGGAGAAUCUUGGCGUCUAAAGAGCUACUGGGACCAUAA